ACAGCCUGUCACAAGGAAUCCUUUUUAGGUUUUAACUUAAAAAAACCAUUGAAACUGUCUCCUUCUUCUUUUCUUUUUUACUUCUUUCCACAAAUUUGAAAUUAAAAAAAAAAACCCUAAAGUAAAGAAAAAGAGAACAAGUCCAAUUUGAUUCCAACAUAUAGAGACUACCCAGUGCCUGACGCAAAGCCAAAAUUGAAAAAAGAAAAAAAAAGCAAAGAAAAUUUAUCAAAACAAAAUUAAAAGCAGAAAGGUCUUCAACAACGUCCCACGGAAAACGCAGACAAGUUUGAGCUUACUAUAAGCCCAAUUUCUCUCUCUCUCUUCCUUCUUCUUCUUGGUCGGUUUAGUCAGGCAAAAACCUCAAUCCAUACCCGUCAAGGAUUUCUUUGUUAUUCAAUUUCUUUUGGGGGUGAAGUGGGUUUUAUUGGUUUGAUCACUUGGGGUCAGGCUGUGCUUAUACAAUAAACUGGGAUUUGUUACUUCACGAGAGAGGCAGAUAAGAUGGCUCAUACCGCGGCAGCAUGUGCUGAGAGGGCAACCAAUGAUAUGUUGAUUGGUCCGGAUUGGGCUCUAAACAUUGAGCUAUGUGACAUUAUAAACAUGGACCCAGGGCAGGCUAAGGAUGCGUUGAAAAUCAUCAAGAAGCGGCUGGGCAGUAAAAAUCCAAAAAUACAGCUAUUAGCUCUUUUUGUAUUGGAUUCUCUCAGCAAAAAUUGUGGCGAGCAUGUUUUUCAGCAGAUUGUUGAGCGCGAUAUCUUGCGUGAAAUGGUUAAAAUAGUAAAGAAGAAGCCUGACUUGAAUGUUAGGGAAAAGAUACUUAUUUUGAUAGACACAUGGCAAGAAGCCCUUGGAGGAUCUAGUGGAAGGUAUCCUCAAUAUUUUGCCGCAUAUAAUGAACUACAGGCUGCUGGAGUUGAAUUUCCUCCUAGAGAAGAGAAUACUGUACCAUUAUUUACUCCACCUCAGACCCAUCCAGUAAGUCACCACCCUGCUUCUACAUACGAGGAUGCUGCUAUUGAGGCCUCUCUACAGUCUGAUGCUUCUGGCCUCAGCUUGCCGGAGAUUCAAAAUGCUUCUGGACUAGCAGAAAUAUUAAUGGAAAUGCUUAGUGCAUUGGAUCCCAAGACUCCUGAGGCUGUGAAGCAAGAAGUCAUUGUUGAACUUGUUGAUCAAUGCCGUUCUUACCAAAAGCGUGUGAUGCUUCUUGUUAAUAGUACCACAGAUGAGGAACUUUUAUGUCAGGGGUUAGCACUAAAUGACAGCUUGCAACGUGUUCUUUGCCGGCAUGAUGACAUUCUGAAAGGAAAUACUGUUCCGACUGAAGCAGUAGCAGAGACUCCUGUUGUGCCAUAUGUUAAUAUUAACCAUGAGGAUGAUGAGUCGGAAGAUGAAUUUGCUCAGCUAUCUCAUAGAUCAUCAAGGGAUAAUUCUCAAGGACAGGGCAGGAGAGCGCCUAAAAGUGAGCCUGGGCGAGUUGAUCCAUUUCUUCCUCCUCCACCCUCGUCAAAAAGUCCGGUUGCUACAAAUGCCGGCAUGGUUGAUUACCUUAGUGGUGAUACCUACAAAUCUGAGAAUUCCCCUGAAACAAGAGAACCUGCAGCUCAUUCUGUUCGCACUCGCACAUCAUCACCUCCUUACCCUUCAGGUGACUCUGGUUCCUCACCUAUGCUCAGUGGGCAGCCUAUAUACGACAAACCGGCUUCCUUGAGCAAAUCUGCUGAUUCUGAGUUGCUGCCGCCAGCACCCUGGGACAAUGCUGCAGGAAACCUUCCACCACCGCCUUCGAAGUUUAAUCAGAGACAGCAGUUCUUUGAACAACAUGAUUAUCCUGGCGGUUCUUCUAACUCCAGUAACGGAUCAGGUUCCUCUUAUGAUGGCUUGGUUGGACAAACUCAAAAUCUUUCCCUUAACUCAACGACCCCAACCAAACAAGAAAAACCAGAAGAUGCUCUCUUCAAAGACCUGGUUGAUUUUGCCAAAGCCAAGUCAUCUUCAUCAUCCAAACCCAAUAACAGGUCAUUUUGAUCAUCUCCAGUAGUCAGUUUGGUUCCAGAUGGUACAGCUUGUGAGCAGUUAUAGAUUAUCAGUUUUUGUAGUAGGUUGUGAGGUCUCAUGUUAUUAAAUAAACACGGGUUUAUACAUUGCUUAAGCUUUUUCUAUGCUGUUAUUGGUUUAGUUUGUGAGAAACUGCUUAUUGGAUAUAUUCAAUGUAUUUUGCAUAUAUUAAUACUGGGUGUAUCAUUUCUUCAGUUUGAUCUUGCAUAUAUUUUGAUGCAAGCAAGCACUUGAUUUUCAUACUUUCAAA